UGUCGACAGAUUGGGAUGGACAGCUGCUGCUGUGACCCACGGCCCCAAUGGGGGGAAAGGGUAGAAGAUAGGUAUCUCAUGGUACUCACUUUAUAGACACUCAUGAAAGCUACCACUGAGUCCAUUGCCACAUCAAGUAAUCAACAGUCCUAACAGCAUCGCUUAUCUGUCAAACAUCUGUCAGAACCACACCAUUGGCAGAUAAAAGCAAUAGAUUGUUGAUUAGCACGGUUGACUGCUCGAUUCAAAAUUUAACGCUAGGUUACAUUGAUUAUACUUAAAUAAAUACAUUAAUUUUUCUGUUUUCACAGCUGCUUCUUUGUUCAGUAGUUGGAACAACAAGCUCCAGAUUGAAAACAAACCUAUGUAGGUACUAUAAUAUUGCAUAGCUAAUUACCUAUUUCAUAUGUACACUCCUAAGUGAUACGUAGUCUGAUAUAGUUAAACAUAGCAGGUAUUCCAUACACACUUUCUCAUCAUCGAGCUAACGAAAGGAGCCUCUCCGAGUGACGUAUCAACUUAUUUUUAAUGAAUAGUGCCAUUAUCCCUUACCUUAUUAUGUAAGAAUGCAACGAUGGCGCCACGAUCGAAAAGGGUUACAAUUUAUUACAGUCACAAUUUGCUGCAAUUGGUCCAUUUUUGGAAUAGGUGUAUUAUUUUUAUCAGAUGAUAUUGGAAGGAUAUUCUCAUUUAUAACCUCUUAACGGGAAUGUUUCCAAUUUUUGAGUGGAAUGCAGCACUGUGAUUGGCUAAACUAUAAUUGAGUAGGUCUCAAGUUCAUGCUAGGGUAAAUUUAUUCAAGUGAAACUGAGCCUUAGCUAGGUAGCUAUUUUAUGAGUAAAAGUAGAUAGUUUAAAGUAGCUCUUAUAUCUUAUUCCUUGAGCCAAAUUACUGAAGUAAUUUCAUUGAUGUUUGCACAGAUGUGGUACAGUAGUAGACUUGUUUUUGAAUCAUUGAACGGUACUCGCCGUAUUUCCUGCUCGGUAAAGGUUAUAUUCGUUUUGAAGGUGUGCGUGUGAUCUUCAUCCGCUAGUGAGAGCCAGCCGGCACUAGUCAUUGGCUCAGUGCGAAGGUUCUGUCACCUCGGAGUAAACCGAGAAAUUAUACAUUUAUAGGUAAAUUAUUUGGUGUUCAGAAGAACUAUGUUAACAAAUACGAAAUGGGGUUGUGUGAGUGUGUUAACCUAGUGAUAAACUGAACUUGUAAGGGAAAGAUGCAAAAUAUUUUGAAACUGUGUGGGAUAUUGAUAUUGGUCUUUGCUGAAAUAUCGUAUGAAAUGAAAUCCGAAACACCAAUAAGAAAUUCAUCCGCAGAAAUAAUGACGAAACCCCACAGUGACUUGCUGCUGAAACUUCAGAAGUUCCUCGAAACUCACAAAGACACAGAAAACCAUUUAAAUGAAAUAAGAUCGAAGCCAACCCCACUAGAACAUGUCGAAAGUACAACAGAAAUUACUACAUUCAACAGAAAAUUAAAACAAAUGAAUAAAGAAAAUAUUGCACCAAAGGCACAGAUUGAAAAGCAAUACAAAGUAAAAGAGGUUAUUGAUAAAGUAAACUAUACUGAAAAUAAAACGAACACGAUACCGAAACAAUUAAAUAAUAAUAAUAUUGCAAGUAUCAUUAAAAACGAUACAGCGAUGCCGAUAGAGACUGACAAUAAUACCCAUGUGUUUACAAUGCAUUUUGGUAAAAUACCACCGAGUUCAACGACCCCUGGUACCAUUCGUAGAUCAACCAACCAAAAAAACUAUCUACGGACACAAAAUGAAAAGAAUAUUACCACAAAUGAAAAUAUUAUGCAUGAUAAUGGUAAUACUUCCCUUGCAAUAAACAUAGAAACUGACGAUAGAGAAUCAAGUGACAGUGACAGUGACAGUGACAGUGACGAGGAACAAGCUGAAACUACCACCGUUGCCACACAACAACCACAAGAAGAUAAACAUGUAGAAGUAAAAAAGAACACUUACUUUAUAACAAAAACCACAACAAGAUUAACAUUCGUGAACCCCAUAAAGGAGGUGAUGAACAAGUACUUGAGAGUCUUCAAAAGGAGACAACAGUUGAUUAGAAGGAGGAAACGUUUGAGCGAAGAAGAAUUAUUGUUUCAUUAAUUAAGUCUGUUUUUUAUGUCAGAUACUAAAUUGAUUGAUUCUGAACGGUUCAUUUACAGUCAUUUGUCCCGCAAAAGAAGGAUACGUCACUUCAUCGCAGGAUAAUCGACUGUUGAUGAACCGUUCAAAAUCUGUGUAGGUAUGUGUUCAAUUUAGUAUCUGAGAUAUUAUAAAACAGACUUUAGAAGAUAAUAAAUAGAAAAAUAAUACACUCAACAUUUCCGACAAAAAGAAAUAAAAUUAUAAAAUAAAAUAACAACAGAAAACGAGGAAUGGUUUGGUUUUGGUGGUCGGCCACAAACAGGACAAUAUAUGAGAGAAUGAAUAUGACUGUCUAGUGACAUAAUUAACACUGAGUUAUAAAAUAAAACUUUUUUUAUUGUAUACUUGAAUAAGUUUAUCAUAAUAAUUGCCUCACAAUAGAGCAUCACACACAAACUGGUUGUGACAUUGACUUAUAAUUUUAUUAUGGUUGUGAUGCUUAUUUCUUGAUUCCUUCGCUAAGCGACUACAUAGAUUGGUAAUACCUACUACCUACAGGUUUGAUAGUUUGCUGAAAACUACAAAAGUUUACGUUUUCUCGCAUACAAAGUUGCGCCUUUAGUAUAUACUAGUUAUCAUGAAACUUUUUACAGAUAAUGUAGGUUUGCUUUAACUUUUUUCGUUUUCGUAAAUACCAUAACUCAUAAAAGAGGCUCUGAAAGACGUUUGACUGGCGACUAAAUACGUUUCGAAUUUGGUGAAAUUCCACCUUACACUUAUAACAGUAAACAAGAGAGCAUACUUGUAAAUAACACUAGUAAGUUAAGUGGUAGUGUUAUUCAUCUAGGAACCAUGUAAUAAGACCAUUAGCAGAUCAUCCAAUACGAUAAGAUAAAAUGGCAGAUUAAAAACGGUAACAACAAUAUUUUGGUCAAUUAAAAAUCAUUUAAGCUCACUUACAGCGUCAAUGUAUCGGGGCUCUGUGUUCUCAUAAUGAGCUGUAAUUCUAAGCGAACAGUCGCAUCAGGAUAUCGAAGUAGUGGAACAUGUUGGUGCUGAUAUUCGUCCUCUUGGCCAACGUGUGGUUCUCAGCUGUACUUUGUGGACAUACCACAAAGACCCGCAUGCUCUCCAUCAAGGACUGCGAGACGCCGGACUUCCCCGUGGACGCUCACCCGCUGCCCCACACCUUCAGCAUCCACGCGGUGCGCGGCGUCAACUACGUGCGCACCAACUUCACCAUCGAGCGCGCCACGCCGCCCAUCUCCAUCUCCCUCCGCGGCUACCGCGUGGUGAACAAGGCGCGGCGGCUGGACUUCCGCAUGGACCGCGUGAACUGCCGGCACCCGGUGCUGGGCGCCGUGCUGGACAGCUUCCACGUGCGCUACCACCGCCACAACUGCACCGGCAUCCCCGGCGACUACGGGUCGGACCGCUUCAACCUGGACGACAUCGCCAAGACCUUCAACUUCUACAACGUGUUCUCGCUCGGCACGUACAUAAUCGAGAUGGAGUACAUAACGUCCAAGAACACGUGCAUCAUGUGCUACGCGCUCACGCUCGUGCUGUGGAAGUGAUCACUAGAAUGUCACACGCAUGACGCUCACGAGCAGCAAUGAAACAGUUCCAG